UCUAGAGUGAACACUCUACUUGCAUGCCUGGAGUUCGGUUUCUGGUUGUUUGAACAAAUAGGUAUUCUUCAAUGCGGCUGCAGAGGCGGAAAAUGUGCUCACUCACUUUGGUCAGUCGUUAUCAACAGUUCUACUAUCAGUUGCAAUUAUUACCUACUUGACAGAAUGCGACUAGCCACAGAAGCGAAUGUAUUUGCAAGUACUUUAGGAUGCUUGUCGUAUGUCUCCAUGAUGAUGUUUGGAGUUGCUCUUAUCAUUAUCAAGUACUACCACGGUGAGACUGAUGAUAAUAGUAGGAGGCACAGGAAACCAGAAAAAACAUCUUACAGGAAGGAAGGGAACGGUUGUGAAACAGAUGGGAAUUCGAGGAUAAAGUCAACAACUCCGAUAUAUAGUUCUUCAGUGUCUGAUCAGAAGUUUCCAAAGUGGUUUGUCAAUAUACCAGUUGAAAGACUUGAGACUGUUUCUCCGUUGAUGGGUCGAGAUGAAGAUCUCAAAAAGUUGUGUGAUAAGUUGUCUGAGAGUUUGUGUUGUGUACUCUGUGGGUGUGGUGGGAUUGGAAAGACAACAUUAGUCUUGAAACUGAUAGAUUCUAUCAAGGAGCAAUUUCAUGGCGUUUUUUGGAUUAAUGGAGAAAGCGCAGAAUUUUUUUGUGCAUCAGUUUCAAAGAUUUGUGAUGAAAUUACAGAUGUCAACUUUCGUGAACUCUCAUAUGAAUUACGCAGGAAAGGAUAUAAGAUAGAUGGUGCUCUUCACUUUGGUGAGAAGAUUGAAGCUGUUAGGGACUGGAUUAGUCAAAGGUUAGUUGACAUGAAGUUCUUGAUUGUUGUUGAUGACUACAAUGAAGCUGUGUGCUCUACUGUGUUACGGAGCUUAUUGCCAGAGUUUUGUUACAACAAACAACUAAAAGUGAUCAUAGCAACGCAGCGUGACAAUUUACUAUUGCCUGUGUCAGUGAAUUAUAAGCUUUCUUUUUUGGGCCCUCUGCCUCACAACAUUGUAGUCAGUGCGCUAAAACAAGUAGUGGAGAAGCGUGGAUUGUUGAUAGCAACUAGUCAGGAAGAGGAUGCUGCUCACAAAAUAGGAAAAAUUGUUGAUGGGCUUCCAUUGGCUCUAGAUCAUGUCGCGGCAUUCUUGAUAAAAGAAAGGAUGCUUUUGUCACAAUAUCGAGAAGGAUUUGAUGAACAGCACAUAGCAGAAUUACAGUCUAACAGUAAACCAACUAGUUCUCUUGUAUUUCAAAAAACUUAUCAGGAAGUCUGCAAGACCCCAGCGACAAGGAAGAUGAUGGACAUAGCCUGCUUAUGUGCACAGGCACCCAUUCCUGUUGAACUCUUUUCACUGGGAUGUGAAGGUCUACCUGGAUCUCAUCCUCUCAAGCACUUGACAGACAGUAAACUUCAAUACAGAUCGGGGUCCUUUUUUGAGAUGCUGAAUGAGAUGAACCAAUAUCAUCUGGUGACUUCGAGCAGUGGACUGAUAUCGUUUUCAUCGAUGUCACCUUCAUCUUCAGUAGGGUCAUUUUCAGUGCACUCUGUUGUUCGUUCUGCCCUGCAGAAGCAUCAAACAGAUAAUGAUCGACUUGAAAACAUCAAAUCAUUGAGUAUUAUGCUAACGACAGUACUUAAACGUUGUCCCACAGAUUCCUGGCAGUUAUGGGACAAAAUGUUUACUCAUGUGAUGGAAUGCUAUCGCUUAACAAAAAGGAUGUCUCCACAAUCACACAACAGAGACUUUCUUCUUGUGGCCGGAAAACGGCUGUCUCUCAGUGGGCAUUUCUUGGAAUCAUGCCAACUUUUGAAGACUUGUUUGGAGGAGAUUCAUAGUUGCAGUAAGCAGUCACAUAACUAUGAUAAAGAAGCUGAUGUAUUGCAUUCUCUGGGGUCAGACUAUGAUAAGAAAGCUGAUGUAUUGCAUUCUCUGGGAUCAGCCAAACGUCGACUAGGACAACUAGGUGAGGCAACCAGGUAUACUCAGCAAGCUUGUAAACUAUGGAGGUCUUUCCCUGAAACAGAGCACAAUUUGAAAAAGCAAGCAAGGACCGAUGAACUGUAUGCAGAAAUAUUAAUGGAUGUGGAAAUGUACCAAAAAGCAGAAACGUUGCUCGACAGCACUAAAGUGAUUGUUGUUGAACGAGGUGAUUUUGCAGAAUCUUCUGAAGUGGAUCUUUAUGAGGCAACAUCUUGUCUUGGUAACUUGGCAAGAGCUUAUGCUGGACAGCAUCAGUACAGCAAGGCAGCAAUGGAGUUUCGGAGAGCAAUAGACGUAUUAGGAAAGAGAGACUAUUUUCGGUAUCAUCUGUAUGAGGCACAAGAGGUGCUUAAUAUGUCUUGGGAAUACUUAGAAGCAUGUGCGCACACCGAAUUUAAAAAAUCGUUUCGUAAGUGUUACAAAAGUCUUGCAGAAAUCAAGCUUUGUUAUUCAUGCAAGCAUCGGUAUUACACAUUUCUGUGUAGAGAAAUUGCCAAACUUGCCCUUAAAGCAAGCAAAAAAUUUGCAUCAACUCUUCGAAAAGCAACACAAAGACCGGAUGUAUUAACAGCUAUGGAGAUGAGUGUCAUAAGUUUGGAGGGACAGUUGGAUGUACACAAGCACAAGCAUCACAAAGUAGCCAAGACAGCUGAGGUUUUAGCACACAGCUGCUUGCAGUAUGCUCUACUUGACAAGAGAAUGGCUACAGCAUGCAAAAUAGCAGCUGUUAAGUGUCUGGAACUGGCUCUAAGAAUAUGGGCUGACACUGUGGCUCAUCUGCCUGAUGAGAUGGUAGUAGCUGCAACUAAAAGAUGUAGAAAUCUGCGCAGUCUUCAAGAGAGCGAAAUGCAAAGUUUGGGACCACUGCGGAUAUCCAAGUCAACAGAAUGGCUUGCUAAUGACAUCCUUCACACUAUAUCCGACAUCCUAGAAACGAUUAAUCAAACAUAAUUGACCUUUUGGUAAAACUAUAGCCAGUUAAUUGUUCAAUAUUGUGGACAUGAGCUGUAGAACACAUUCUGGUUAGAGCAUUUGAGCUACUAUAUCU